AUGAAUCAAUUAAAGUUUAAAAAUUUCUUAAUAAUUAUAUAGAUAAAUCAGAUGAAAUUUGCUUUAUUAUUAAACCUUUUAAAUUAUCAAUAUUAUUUGGAACUUUAGAGUAUCAUGUUAGAAUGUACAAAUCCAAAUGCUUCUAGACAUAUAACCGAAUAUAAAAAUAAUAAAAUAGAUUGUUUACAUAUAAUAAGUAAUAAAUCAAAUGGUCUUACAGUUUUAUUUUGUAAUCCAAAUGCAGGAUAUUAUGAAUAUUCAAAUGAACAUGUAAAUUAAUAUUAAUAAAUUUAGGCUAAUUGUAAUGAAGUUUAUAAAAUGUUAAAUAUUAAUGUAAUUUUAUGGAAAUAUUGUAAAUAUGGUUGUAGUACUGGAACACUGACUCCAAAUAAUUUAAUAGAAUGUGGUGUAUAUGUUACUAAAUAAUUCUAAAAUAAAUUUUAAAUAAAGGCUCUAGGUAUACAUGGUAUCUCUUUGGGAGGAAUGAUAGCAACAGAAAUAGCUUAUAAAACUAAUUUAGCAUUUUUAAUUGCAGAUAGAACAUACUCUUCAUUAGGUUAAGUAGUAAAUUCUAUGUAACUUCAAAUUUUCGAAUUUAGGUUAAAGUUUUAUGGCUUAAGAUUUAUAUUUAAUUGCUUAUUUAAUUUGGAUUGCCCAAAUUAUUAAUCAUUUUAUAAUUUUAAAAGGCCUAAAUUGAUAAUUUAAGAUGUUAAAGAUUAUAUGAUUCCUUAUGUAGCAUAAUUACAAACAGAUGUUGCUAGAUAAUUUUAUACUAAUUAAAAAUACUCUAUCUAAUUAUCAUAAGACAAUUAAUAAAUAGUUUCUUAAACUUUUUAGACUUCCUAUGCCCAUUCUUCUUUUAACAAUUAUUUUUCUUAAACUUCUUCAGAAGCUUCUCUGAGUUAUUACUUAAGUUAAUUAUUUUAUUAUAAUAAAAGUGCUAAACUUCCUUUGAUUUCUUAAUAUUUGAUUGA